AUGGCCAUCUGGAAUUUAGAAAGAAAAUUGGGACAGAUUGCAAAUUUGUUAUCUGAGAGGGCUCCUGGGACUUUACCCUCUAACACUAAAAAGAAUGCAAAGGAAACAAUCAAAGUUGUAUCUCUGAGAAGUGGCAAAACAUUGGCUGACCCACUGGCGAAAGCAAGACCCGAGGUAGUGAACAAACACGUCGAGACAGUGGAAGAGAAAAAAAGUGAAGAGCAGAAAGGCCAGAGUAGUGUAGUACAAAAGGAUAUUGAAGAAAGUAGACAUAUGCCAGCUCUACCAGUCCCUCAAAAGAUGAAGCGGGAAAAACAUGGCAAAUAUUUUGGGCGAUUCUUGGAGAUGCUCAAGAAACUUUAUGUGAAAAUUCCCUUCAUAGAGGUACUCACUCAGAUGUCUGCUUAUGCAAAGUUGUUGAAGGAAAUCUUGUCUAGCAAGAGAAUAUUAGAGGAGAAAAUAGUGGUAAAGCUGAAUGCCCACUGCAGUGCCAUAUUCCAAAACAAAAUUCACCAAAACUGUGGGGACUCAAGAAGCUUCACUAUACUAUGCUUGUUAGGGAGCGAGAAAUUCGACAAGGCCUUCUGUGAUUAUGGUGCGUCUAUAAAUCUAAUGCCUCGUUUUGUAUUUAGCAAAUUGGAAGGUGAGCUUGGAGUGAUCAAAUCAAUACCAGUGUCCCUACAACUGGAUGACCAUUAA